GUGGUAGACUUGAAUAUUGAAGGGCUUAACAUCGACUACUUGAGGUAUAUGAUUAAGCUUUUCAAAGAAGGCGGCAAAAUUCCCAAGAAACAUGCUUUUGCAAUCAUCGCUAAAGUAUAUACGUUAUUGAAACGGGAGAAGAGUAUGGUUGAAAUAAGAUUGCCACAUUCACAAAUAGACACAAUGACCAGUCCUGACGAAAUUAUUCUUGCUGGUGGGAAAAAGUUAACAGUUGUUGGUGACACACAUGGACAGUUCUUUGAUGUGUUGAACUUAUUUCAAAAGUUUGGAUUCGUUUCUGAUGAGCAUGUUUAUUUGUUUAAUGGGGAUUUUGUGGAUAGAGGCUCGUGGUCUUGUGAAGUGGCCUUUUACUUAUUUGUGUUGAAAAUCUUGUAUCCUCAUUCAAUUUUCAUCAACAGAGGAAAUCAUGAAACUAACGAUAUGAACAAAACAUAUGGCUUCACUGAUGAGUGUGAGCAUAAAUACUCUCAAAAAGUAUUUGAAGCAUUUGCUGAAUCCUUUGGAGCACUUCCUUAUGCCGCUUUAAUCAAUGGAUCUUACUUGUGUAUGCAUGGAGGAUUGUUCUCCAGAGAUGAUGUCACUUUGAAAGAAAUUAAGAACUUUAACCGGUUCCCAACAUCUGGUUCUACUCAACCACCGAGGGAUGGAAUUGCCAUGGAACUUUUGUGGACCGAUCCUCAACCUGAAGUUGGUCGCUCUCAAUCCAAAAGAGGUAUUGGAAUGCAAUUUGGACCCGAUAUUACGGAGAGAUUCUGUUUAAACAAUAAGAUUAGAAAAGUGUUAAGAUCCCAUGAGGUGAGAAUGGGAGGAGUUGAAGAAGAACACAAUGGGAGACUUAUUACUGUUUUUAGUGCCCCUAACUACUGCGAUUCUACCGGUAAUUUGGGUGGUGUGGUGCACUUUGUUGAGAAUCCUAAAUAUAAUAAAGCAACGGAUCAAGAAGAUGGCUAUAAAACUGCAGACGAUCCUAACUGUCCUUGGAGCUUGCAAAUUGAAACCUUCGAUGCCGUUCCACAUCCGGAUUUAAAACCAAUGGCAUAUUCUAAAAGUGGAUUUGGUUAUUAAUUGAACUCUGUAUUUCCCUGUAUUAUUUAAAGUCACCAAAUGUAAAUUUAAUAUUUAUUUGCUCAGUUUCCCAG